GCAGUAUGAACUCUGUUUGUGCCCUGGUUAUUACUAUCGUUAUCCGCUUGGCCUGGGCUGGGGAGAUUUACAUGAAUCACUGGGCAGUGCAUGUACCUGGCGGCCCCCAGGAGGCGGACAGGAUAGCGACCAAAUAUGGCUUCAUCAACCUGGGGCAGGUUGUACAGGGAAGUGAUUACUACCACCUCCAGCACCGUGGAAUACAGAGAAAAUCUAUCAGCCCUCACUGGGGGAGUCAUAUUCAGUUGAAAAAAGAACCUAAGGUUCCUUGGUUUGAGCAGCAGACGCUAAAGAGAAGAGAUAAAAGGCAGAUUAUUGUGUUACCCACAGACCCAUUGUUCUACAAACAGUGGUACUUGAAUAAUGAUGUGAGCUCUGACAUUGGUGUGUUAACUGCUUGGAGCUAUGGCUAUACAGGACGAGGUGUUGUCGUGACCAUUCUGGACGAUGGGCUUGAAAAGGAUCACCCAGAUUUGUCGAAGAACUAUGAUCCUUUAGCAAGCUAUGAUUUCAAUGAUAAUGACCCUGACCCCCAGCCAAGAUAUGACCUAUAUGAUGAAAAUCGCCAUGGGACCCGUUGUGCUGGUGAGGUGGCUGCUGUUGCUAAUAAUGGAAUUUGUGGUGCAGGGAUUGCGUUUAAUGCUCGAAUAGGAGGGGUGCGGAUGCUGGAUGGGAUGAUUACAGAUAUUAUUGAAGCUCGGUCGUUGAGCCUAAACCCACAAUAUAUCCACAUCUAUAGUGCCAGCUGGGGCCCUAAUGAUGAUGGGAAGACUGUUGAAGGGCCAGGAGUGCUUGCAACAGAGGCUUUCUAUAGGGGUAUCGUAAAUGGUCGCAGUGGUCUUGGUUCUAUCUUUGUAUGGGCUUCUGGAAAUGGUGGACUGCGUUACGACAACUGUAAUUGUGAUGGAUACUCCAACAGUAUCUACACUCUGACUGUGGGCAGUACAACAGAGCAGGGAAAUAUCCCUUGGUACAGUGAAGCCUGUGCUUCAACACUCACAACAACCUUCAGCAGUGGCAUCAAAAAGGAAAGACAGAUUGUCACCACUGAUAUACGUCACAGAUGCACAGAUCAGCAUACUGGCACAUCAGCCUCUGCUCCACUCGCUGCUGGAAUCAUUGCCCUUGCGUUGGAGGCAAACCCAGCUCUCACUUGGAGGGAUUUACAGCACGUUGUAGUAAGAGCAUCAAGUCCUGCCAAUCUCAAAACGGAAGACUGGACAUUAAAUGGAGUAGGUCGAAAAGUAAGUCACCACUACGGAUACGGGCUCCUCGAUGGUGGACGACUAGUAGAUCUGGCUCGAAAAUGGAAGUCAAUAGGUCCUCAGAGAAAGUGCCUUGUCCAGAUUGUCAAUACACCCCAAGAAGUGCGCUCCAAUCUACUAGUUAACUGGAACACCACUGCCUGUGCCAACUCCCCCAACUACAUCCUAUCAUUGGAGCAUGUCCAAGCCAAAAUCUCCCUCAGUUACACUCGAAGAGGGGAUCUGGAAAUAUAUCUCACCAGUCCCAUGGGCACCCGUUCUGUACUUGUGGGUUUGAGACCUUAUGAUACCAGCACUGAGGGAUACAAGGACUGGUCCUUUAUGACCACACACAUGUGGGAUGAGAAUCCUCAGGGUCUCUGGACAUUGGAGCUUAUGAAUAAUGGGCAGUAUGAUAAUAAUGGAUUUCUAGAAAAGUUCUCACUUAUCCUGUAUGGGACAGAUGAAAGUGUGAUGACCAGGAACAUUCAAAACUCUGUAAUAAAAGAAUGUGUGACCAGGGACAUCAGUGGCAUAUGUCUGGAUUGUGGGACAUCGUUUUUUGCCUUUGGAAAAUUCUGUUUAUCCUACUGCCCCACAAAAUACUUCAACACUACUCAGAGAUUGAAGACUUCAGACCAUGGAAAGUCUCACAUUGCCCUUGUUUGUACCCCUUGUCAUCCAUCGUGCUACACCUGCAAUGGUGAAUCUGCCAAUAAUUGUACUGCUUGCUCACCCUUUUCCACCUUUAAUGAGCAGGAGAAUUCUUGUUCACAACAUUACUUUCAAAUGGCAGAUCAACGUCCUUUUGCUCCCCUUGAAAUCCCCCUCUCAGUAAAAGUAUCAGCUAUAGUGAUUGGGGCCAUUUUGAUCUUGUGCAUUUGUGCAAGCAUUUCUUGGUUUGUGAGCAGGAGGAGUAUGAACAGACAUGCCCUCCAGGGGUCAGAUCAGCCUUCCAGGGAGCUAGAAAUGAAAUUGGAUGUUAUGUCUUCUGUGUUUCCAUCUCAGUUCACAUGA